AUGAAGAGACACAAAUGGUCCUACAAAUGUCCCUCACAAAGGAAGCUCUUGAUCCUGUGUGUUACUGGGUGGCUGAUUGCACUGUUGAAACUCCUCCAUGUUGAAAGACACUUUUUUCCCUCUAAAGGCAUUUACUUAGUUGAGCACUUCUUGAGCACUUCUUCUUAUGUUAGAAACAGAUACUCAUACCCUAGAAAUGAGUUCCAGUAUGAAAUUAAUUGUUCAUCAAUAUAUGAACAAGAUCCUCAUGAAAUUGGCAAGAGUUUAGAGAUAAGAAGAAAAGAAAUAGUUGAUUUAGCAGAUGAAGAUGUUGUAGCAAUGACAAGUGACUGUCACGUGUAUCGUUCUCUUAGGAAAUACCAGCUAAAACCUGUUUCUCCAGAGGAGGAGAGUUUUCCAAUUGCCUAUUCUUUGGUUGUUCACAAAGAUGCAGCAAUGGUAGAGAGGCUCAUACAUUCAUUGUACAGUCAUCAAAAUGUUUACUGCAUCCAUUAUGAUCAAAAAGCAGCAAAAAGUUUCAAAUCUGCUUUGAACAAUCUAGCUAAAUGUUUCCCAAAUAUUUUCAUUGCAUCAAAAUUGGAGACAGUGGACUACGCACAUAUUUCUCGUCUGCAAGCAGAUUUCAACUGUUUGUCUGAUUUGAUGGACUCUCCAGUUCCCUGGAAGUAUGUUAUCAAUUUGUGUGGCCAAGAUUUCCCUUUGAGAUCAAAUUUUGAGUUGGUCGCUGAACUGAAGAAACUUGGUGGAGGAAACAUGCUGGAAACUUCAAAGCCAAGCAGUAGCAAAAGAGAACGAUUUACUUAUCACUAUGAACUGAUGAAAGUGCCUUAUGAAUACAUGCAGAUGCCUGUGAAAACCAACAUUUCCAAGAAUCCACCACCUCAUGAUAUUGAGAUAUUUGUAGGCAGUGCCUAUUUUGUUUUAAGCAGAGAAUUUAUUCAAUAUACCCUUGAAAGCUCACUUGCAAAAGAUUUUUUUGAGUGGUCAAGGGACACAUACUCUCCAGAUGAACAUUUCUGGGCCACUCUGGUACGUGUCCCCGGGGUCCCUGGGGAAGUUCCAAGGUCAUCCCAGGAUGUAACAGACUUACAAAGCAAAACUCGCUUGGUGAAAUGGAAUUAUCUGGAAGACUAUUUGUAUCCUCCAUGCACUGGUGCCCACCUUCGCAGUGUGUGCAUCUAUGGGGCCGGAGAAUUAAGAUGGCUUCUGAAUUACGGACACUGGUUCGCCAACAAGAUUGACUCCAAAGUAGAUCCUGUCCUGGUAAAAUGCUUGGCAGAAAAGGUGGCAGAACAACAGAAGGAGUGGGUACAUUUGUCCUCUGAUGAGCACUUUCUGCACUUAAGUUCUACGAAUGCCUUGGCAUAG